AAUGUUGAUGUCAGAGUUAAAACGUCAGUACAUACAGAAACCUUACACGAAAAACUGUUAUUCCGCAAAUUUUCUUUUUCACCCCCCGGGAAAACUCCAUCCAAAUAAUAACAAUGGAUUUUGGUGCACUGUUAUCAUCGAAUUUCAUUCGCAUCAAGCUGGUCACAUUCGUUCAUUUCUUUCUGCUGGCCAAUGCAAUGCUAGGAACAUUUCUACCCCAAUCUUAUCUGUUCUACAAUAUUUUGUUUAUAUUGUCGCUGUUCUGGACAAUGCACUGCAAGGAAUCGGUCGAUGCUAUUCAUACGGCUGCCCUGAUAGACGCCUGUAGUAUCAUUUUGGAUUUGAUAUGCAUCAUUGCAUAUUUCAACUCGUUGCACAAUGCUUGGUCAAUUAUAUUUUCCAUUGUCAAUGUAAUUGCACGACCGUUUUCAUUGAUUUUACUGCAUCGUGAAAUGGUGGAUCGUGGCGGUUCGAUAAACGUUAGCACAGUGUAUCCGACAACAACACAACGAAGCUAUGAAGACAUCGAUCAUCCGAAGCAAAGCGUUCCAACAAAUUCGGCAGCUGGUGCCGGUCAACCUCCAAAUAUUUCCAACAUUUUCUAAAUGGUGUUAGAUGUGACCGUUGGUUUUGGUGAUAUUUGAAAAGCUUUCUUUUGUUUAAUUAUUUCUUCUUAGUUUCGUCUUAUUUACAAAACUAAUUUUAUUUGAUUUGUUUUGAAUUUGACCGGCAGCUAGUCUCUGGUUGAAUUUCAUUUAAUGCCUCACGCCAUUUUCGUCUUUUUUUAGAUAUAUUUAAACUUUGUUGUUAACCGAUUUUCUGUUUGUUUUUUUGUUAAUUAAAAAGAUUUUUAUUUUUGUUUUUGUCUUAGACUAAUGAAUUUCGUAGAAAAAAAAGCACCUCAAACAAAAUGAUGAAACAAAAACAUUUCAUAUUUCAAUCACCAGGGUUUCUUUUGGACUAACCGAUUGACGA